CCCGAAUAUCUUACGAGAUGACAUCCAUUCUUUAUAUGUCUAUAUCCGUGGAGGUCAUUUUCGCUUUCGACGGUGAAGCUUUUACCUGGUUUGGAGGCUUCUGUGAAAUGGCCAGGACCGGUUCCUGGUAUGAUCAGCUGUGGCGGAACGGAACGAGGCACCGCUGUUGCAAACACGAGUGCCGGACACGAGGCCAAGAAAGAGCGCACCUCGAAGUCCGCGCUGCCAUUAAUUGACCGUGGAAUGACUUGGGCGUCAAUCUCCCACCAGGAACCGGCGCUCAGUCAACAAGUUACCGGCGCUCAGUCAACAAGUUACUGAUUAGGAGAGGAACCGCUCAACCAAAUACGAAAUUAAAGAAGACAUACGGCCAUGGACAUCCAGAGCACGAAGCUGAGGUAUCCAUGUUCCGGCUCGAGUCUAAAUUCCUUCCGUUAAGUGCGAAUGCCACGAAUGCAGCUUUUAAUUGCUGACGCCGGCGACCACGUGGAUGAUGAAGCGAAUGUGAGAGGCAGCGCCAUCCAGCAAUUAAGACGGAAAACUGUUCUGCUCGCGCAAGUAUUUUAAGGCUACAAUUACUUGACGAACCGCCUUCAUCCUUCACAGCGGCGAGCCUGCACGUCCAGGGCCAGCGAAGGCUUUGUUCAGCGAAUCCCAGAUCGGUUGACCACCAUACGCAAGAUCUCCAAACGAUGGACAUGUCAAAGGCGUGAUCGCCGAGCCCAGCGCGUCGGUAAUGAGCUUCAGUGGCUCCGCCAGAGUUGCAAAGAGGUUUGACAGAGAAUUCGGUGACACUGUCUUGACAAUCUGGAGCGCGAAGCAAAUGAGGUUGUUUCCCUCCAACAAUGUUUCGACAUUCAGCAAACCACCAGAAAGAUCCGAGAUAUCCAAGGGCGUGAAUGAAUUUACCGUCCCAGUGUUGCCUCCGAUUGAUGCGAGCUCCGGGUAUUUGAGAAACCAGGCUACAAAAUCCAGAUUUAGCUGGACCAAGCCGUAAUCAACAGGUCUUCGAAACCAAUUGUCGGGGAUGCGCUCCCAUCCGCGUUUAUACUCCAGUCCGCCGUCGUCAGUGUCAACCACGCCCCAGAAGGACUUGAACACUUCCUUGGCUGCGUCUCAUGUUAGCAAGCCGCGCAUAUCCCUGGCUUUCCUGCAACUUACUCAGAACCCCUUCAGGAUUCUCCGCCGAGUGAUUGGACAGCAAUCGGAGUGCAAAUGCAGCCCCAGCGUUGCGGGCAAUCAUGCCAGUGUAAGGCCCGUACCAGCAAUAUGGAUUGGUGGCAAUGCAUUCGUUGAGAGCAUCAACCGCUUGCUGCAGGACGUCGUCGAUCGAGAUGAUGUCUGUCCCGUUACCAGGUCGAUUGUACAGCUUCAGAAAUUUGUCCAUGUUCAUGGUGGAGGCAUCACCAGUGAGGUAAAGGUCAUCCCGGGUGAGUGAAGCGUCAGCCUCAAUGAAGUUAUGUGACCUUCCAAUGCCUUGAGGCUCGCCCAAGAGGCCGAGUAGGUUGCCCAGAAGAUUUUGAACCUUGGGAGAUACUCCAUCAAUGGAGAAGCCUGGAGUCAAAGACAAAGGAUCGCCAGUCCACACGGUGCCUGCGUUUGUCAAUGAAUGGUCUUCUUUUGAAAGCAAGUGAGAUAGUACCCAUCGUGGAAAGGAUGGUCGAGAGCCCAAUAUCCAUUCCAUAAACUGCCUAGAAUUAGCAUGACUAUUGGCGACUCACGGCCUAUGAGCUACUGACUUGUGUUGAUGAUACCAAUAACGUCCAGGAACUAUGAUGCGAAAGUUAAGGUACGACCAUGAAGGACAAAUUCAAGGCAUGGACUUACAUUUGCUACUCCAGAGCGGUCAAUAUAGCCGUGGUUGGCUAACGCAUUGAGUCCAGGGCAGGGACCUCGCUGUGCGCCUGCAGCAAAAUCCGGAGCUUGCCAUUUGUGUUUGCCGCUGACUUGUGCCUGUUAGUCCUGCGCUUGCACUGUUUGCAAGACUCUCAUACCAUCGACCGGCUUGUUCAACGGAUCAACAAGCAGCCUUUUCUCAUGCUGGUCUCUUCGUACAUGACGAAUAACGUCGUCAAGUGACACCAAGUCCUCCGGGAUAUCCAACCCGCCGGCUCUUGCAAGGAGUGCAACGUUCGAUGCGGUUGGGAAUGCAAAAGAGAGAAAGCUGCAACCGAGAAGCACGGUGCAUGAAAUCAAGGGAAACUUCAUUAUGGUAAAGAACGACGGAGCUGCCCAGCUCAGCAGCGAUAUGUACGAAAAAGAGUGACUGCGGUGAGUUGGUGAACGCUGACAAGCAAGCGUCGACAACUGAAGUCGUUCUCAACACCUAAAUCCUGGGAGUAGGCAUCGAAAAUGUUGCACAGUCUUCUGUGACGGUUUGCGGUUACUGACGUCGAUCCAAUGAACGUGGAGCUGAUCUUUCUUCAUUUGAGACCGGCACAGAAGUGUUCGAUUGGUCGGCAUGAAUCAGCUCGUUCCAACCCUCGACGAGUAGUAGGGGUGGGAAUGAGAAUGCGCAAUUCCCCGUGGCGACGAUCUCAGGACCUGCCGAAAAGGUUACGGGCUGAGCCGAACGACAGCAUCCUGGAAAAGAGAGCUGGAGUAUUACCAUGUUUAACUAAGCCCUUCAUGGUACCGAUUUUCACGAACCACAUCGCAUCCUCCAUACUCGUUCGUACUCGGAGGAUUUAACAGUGCCAAGGUCUGACGAUGCUUGGGCACGAAUGCAGCCAUUCACGCGGUGCCGGGCCAUCGCCCUGACUCCUGGGCCGGCCAACCGGGAAGUGGAGAAGCAGGAUGCCGACAGGGAUCACAUUAGGGUACAGCGGACUGAGUCCUUAAUCAAAAGGAUCAUAUGAGGCCCCGGUCCAGAGGGCCUGAACUGCACUUCACAAUUGCGCCAGCUUCAUGGCCAAGCACAUCGUUGAUCCUGGCGUGACGAGUCUGUCGAUCACCCUGCCUUGCUGGGGCCGAGUCGGCGAUCACAGUCCCAGCGGAGGUGAAUGUUGAUGGACGGAACCGCUGCUGUUAAAGCCUGCUUGGUCUUGCAACCGUUGUGGUUUGGUUUUCGAAGACUCUGCUGAUCACUUUGCUCAGCGGGAACGUGGGAAUUCUCGUGGCUCGAGCAUGGAAACCCGCUCAUCCUGCUCACUGGGCUUUCUGCCGCGGCAAGCAUUCGAUCUUAUCACCCACCAUUCUGCUACAGGAUUCAAAUGAAGCCUCUACGAUGGUAUACAAGCACGUCGUUCUAUCGGUUUGCCUGUUAACGAUGGGCAGUCACGACAUCGAAGCUCGGGUUAUGUAGCUUGGGUUUCUGGUUUCCAAAUCAGAGGUUCUUAACAAAACUAACUUACUCGCACUUGUACAGUAGCUCUGGGGCUAGGGAGCCCAAGCCAACUUCAGUUAUCCAGGCCAUGAGGCCGGAACCUUCCAAGUCAACUUUGGCCAAUCUUGCUUUGAGCCACUAAUGGCCAACUGAGGCCGCGGUUAUCUGAGGCUGGGGAUAUCCCUGAAGGUAAGGCUGCAUCGUUGGGAGUGCGGACACCUUUUCCUGCCGUGCCUGCACCCGCAAACUCUGGACGCCUUGGCCUUUCUAGCUUACCUUCUCAUACCUCCGUAUUGAGAGCCCCUAUGGAGGACUUGCUAUAGCUCCCUUGUAUCCACCGUCUCUUUUCGUCUAUAUGAUUGAAGUCGAUCAUUCUAUGGCAAUACCCACCGGGGAUGCCGUCAGGACCAACUGCAGGAUUUGGAUGCUUGUCAGGCAAAACAGACUCUCGCGUGAUCCUGCAUACUGGAUAUUGUGCUAAGUUCUUCUGCACAGGCCGCACUCUUCUCUGGCUCCAGCACUCCAUUCACCUCAGUGGAUGGGGCAGAGCCCAGGGUUAAGAGCUUUACUGUUGCCAAUCAUACGGGUCUGGAUCUCCACCCUACCAGAAGCCGUAUCUUCUGGAUUUUCCCCAGCAGCGAAGGAGCUCAUAUCCUUGUCACUGCAUGCCGAUAGCCCACAGCCCCGGCGAAAGCACUGCUGCACGAGCAGCGUUCCUCAUUGAUAGCCAGCCACGGGCAUCAAAAUAUAUGAUAGACACGCCUUGGACACUUCCCACGAUCUGUUCUUGCUUCGUUAUCGACCACUACCACCAUAAGUCCCAGUGAGAAUUGUCACACAAUGCGGCUAAUUACUACCACCAUCGCCCUUGCGUUAUCUACCCUGUUGUCGUCUGCCACGGCACAGCAACAAUAUCCCAAAUGUGGUCUUGACUGCACCAUGGCAGGCAUUGCUCAGUCUCGGUGUUCUCCAACAGAUACAGCUUGUAUUUGCACGGACAAGGAAUUGAUACAAGCCAUCACCCAGUGUGUGGCACUGAAUUGUACCAUCAAAGAGCAACUGACUACUCAAAACGUAUCUUACACAACCUGCGGAGCGCCAAUACGCGACAGAGGCAGCCUCGUCGCAGGCGUGGGCGCGGGAGGAGGUGCUGUGGCGCUGGUCGUCUAUAUAGUCCGCAUUUCCGCCAAAUUCAUCGUGCCAGCUGCACGACUGGGCUACGACGAUCUCAGCAUAACCGUUGCCAUGGUACUUGGCAUAGUAUUCUCAGUGCUCUCCGUGAUACUCACCAAGAAUGGCUAUGGAAAGGAUAUCUGGACGAUUCCUUUCGAUCACAUCACUCAGAUUCUCAAGAUAUACUUUGUCGACGAGGUCAUAUAUCUUGUGACGAUCUCAAUGACGAAAAUGGCCAUUCUCAGCUUCUACCUGCGAGUAUUUCCCGAAACAUAUUUUCGUCGACUCGUAUUCAUCGUGAUGGGGGCGACUGUGGCAUACAUGAUCGCAUUUGUGCUCGUCUCCGUCUUCCAGUGUCGACCUGUGAGUCUCGCUUGGACGCACUGGGACGGCGAACACGAAGGUCACUGUAACAAUGUCAACGCACAAGGAUGGGCCGCAGCAGGAAUCAACAUUGGUCUUGACGUCACGAUAGUUGUCAUGCCACUCGGCUUGAUUUCAAGACUCAACCUACAUUGGAAGAAGAAGCUGCAAAUUUCCAUCAUGUUAAGUGUUGGUAUAUUUGUCACUAUCGUGAGCAUUCUGCGACUCGACACCCUCUCCUCGUUCGCCAAGUCCACGAAUGUCUCGUGGGAUGGUGUGCCCUUCGGCUACUGGUCGAGCAUAGAGUUGCAUGUUGGAAUAAUUUGCGCCUGCAUGCCAGCGCUAUACUCUCUGUUCAAGCAUUAUUUCCCGCAGGUCUUCAGUGGCACGGUUCAAGGCAAGAGUACAAAGGGCAGCAAUACUGGCCGUUCCAGUGGGAAUAGGACGCCGGUGAUACACAUGGACCUGCGCAAAGACGAGAACAAAGGGGACUUCCAUCCCUUGGUUGACAUCGAGAGCGUCCAAGACGGUCGACCUGGUGUUGCAAUCUGACGCCUGAUGGGAGCUAAGCGUCGAGUUCUAUGCUCUUCGCCUAUUUGCCCAGGCAGCUUAUUGGUAAACAAGGAAAAUGGCCUGAUCUAUUACUGUGGUUGGUACAUAAUUACAGAGAAGUCGGUAGCAGUACAGACUUUGGGUAGAGUCAAGUACUUGAGAGUUAAGUACUUAAUGAUGGCAGUGCUAUGAAAACAAGCCCGGCUUCCUCUUGUUCUCGGGCUCUGUACUCAGCAGUUUUUCGGUUGAAGCGAAUUGAACGUCUUACACCGACACCGUCUGGCAUUGCUUACAUUCAGGGCACCAAAAGCGCCCCAUGCC